CUCCGAGUCACGAUUAAUAGGCCAAGCAGUCGAUCUAGGUACUUGCAUCGUGCUAUAAUUUAGGUGUAUCAUCAAUGGAGUACUCGAUACAUCAAAGUCCGGUGGACACAUCGGCCUCCGCUUCUGUAGAGCAAGUCGCAGCCGCUGCAAAGCUACCAUCAACAUGCUUCAGCUCUCGGCGACUAAACGCGACGACAUUUCUCAUUGUGGAAGACGACAAGUGGCGCGAGAGCCCUUUCAUAUAUGCCAAAGUCUAUGACUCUGUCAUUGUUCUGCUUGAUACGGGAUGCGGAGGGGCGUCGAAGGAUCCAGACGUUCAGUUGAAAUCACUUCGCGCAUUCAUUGAGACAUAUCCAGUCUCGGACAAUGAAGACGAGCCGAUCAACCCCACGGCAGAGAAAGACUAUAUUGUGAUUUGUACCCACUGUCAUUAUGAUCAUAUCGGUGGCAUCGAACAGUUCAAAGACGACCCGAAGUCUGCAAUCUGGGCCAGUGCAUAUGACCGAGAUUUCAUCGAUGACGAGACUAUGCUACCGACUCAUUCUCUAUGUCGAUUCGUCGGCAUGCAGACCCCUCGAUACAAAGUUACACACUGGGCAGCCGACGGAGAGCACGUCAGGUAUGGUAACAACGGUUUAGACUUGGGAUUAGUCGUUUACCAGACUCCGGGUCACACUCCAGAUGAGCUCGCGGUAUGGGACCCGGUGGAACGGGUUCUGUUCGUUGGCGAUACGGCAUAUGAAUGGGGCCCAAUCUUGUUUCCUUUUGAGGGUAGCAUCCCGCUGUAUAAGGAGAAGCUAAACAAGUUACGAAGCCUUGUCCGAGAUCUGAAUGCAGGCCACAGAGGGAGUGAUGUCUUAAUCAAUUCGUCUUUGAAACUGCUACCGAUAAACCCUAACAAGAUCAAGCGAGUGAGCCUAGCAAGCGGCCAUACAACCAGCGAUGCCGACGCAGAAUUCUUUUUGGACGAGGUCUAUGAGUUCCUGUGUAAAAUCGAGCAAGGGGAGGUUGAAUCAAGACCCUGGAGAAAGUUUCGUGGCGAGGAAGAGGUGUUGUAUGAGAGGGAAGACGGCAAGAUCUCGUUUGCCAGCUCUAGAAACAAGUUUGUCGAAUUCACGCACAAGCCAGAAACAGGCUGCUGUCUAAUGUCAUAGGUUUAGAAUAGAAUUGACACAUCUACAAGC